GAGGAGGAGGAGGAGGAGGAGGAGAGCAGGCCAGUCGAGGGAAGAUUGUCCUCCUGAAGAAGAAGCUUGAAGAUGUUGAACAGCAGCUUGCUCACAGAAACAUGGAGCUGGACAACAUGAGGACAGAGCUGGAGCGUCAGCGACACCGAGGCGAGGAAAUGGACACCAUGCUGACAGAGAAGGACAAGAGGCUGGCAGAAAAAGAGGCUUACAUCGUCCACCUGCAAACAGGACUGGCUGGAGAUCAACCAGCCACACCUGCAGCACAACAACAGGUGGCCGGGGGGGAGGUGCAGGAUUUACAUGUGCUGCUGCAGAGUCUGACCAAGAAAGUGGAAGAAGCAGAAGAACGGUCCAGUUUGCUGCAGGAGCAGAGGAGCAGCCUCACAGAUCUGCUGAGCUCAGAGAGGGAGCAGUACAACCAGAAGGAGAGCAUGUACAAGCAGAACAUCCAGACCUUUAAAGACAUCCUCCUUCAGAAGGACCAGCAGCUGAUGGAGGUCAACCAGAGGCACGAACAGGAGCUCUUCAGGCUUGCAGCUAAGUCCGACGCCAGUGCAGACCUGGAGCAGCUGCUGAAGACACUAAAGCAGAAACUCCACGAGAAGGAGGAGGUGCUGCUGGGUAAAGCACAGGUUAUUGAUGUCCUGCAGGGGGAGGUGGACAGCAGGGACCAGCAGAUAAAGGAGCUGACGCAGCGACUGCACCGGCUGCAGGUAGAACGAGAAAACCUGGAGUCCAAGCUGGAGGCAGAGAAGCACGUGAUGCGAGCUCAGCUCCGGGACCUCAUGGAGAAGCAUGAGGUGCAGGUCCAGAGACUGGCCCAGCAGCAUCAGGCACAGAUGGAGCAGACCCAGCAGGACCUGUUGGGACAGCUGGAGGAGCUCAGGAGAGCCUCAUCAACAGCGCCGUGUGUCAACGAGCAGACGUCAGGAGGCGGAGCCCCGCCCACAGACUCCGCCUCCAUCCAGAGGAUCACUGAUCUGGAAGCUCAAGCGAAACAAAAAACAGAAGAAGCCAGUAGAUCUGAGGCCAAGUUCCUAAAAAUCAAAGCUUGGUCCAAAUCUCGAAUUAAGCAGCUGGAGGAGGAGCUGAAGAAAAGCCAGGCCAGUGAAUCGGGCAGUGCAGACGACACUCAGAGCCAGGUUCUGGAGUGGCAGGAGAUGGUGGCUGAGGCGGUCAGCGCCAGGGACCGGGCCCGGGAGGAGAAGGCAGCCAUGGCCCUCCGGCUCAGCCACAUGGAGGAGGAACGAGAGGGAGGAUUUUGAGUUCGAUGCCCAGGCCCCCUUCUCGGACCCCCGGAGCAUGUCAGAGAGCACCACCCCGAUGGAGGGAGAGAACAUGGGAGGUUGGUGGCCCGAGUACAGUACUCCUGACCCAGGUGGGCUGCGGUCCGUCGUGGACGAGCUGGAGCUGGAGAGAAACCAGCUGCAGGAGCAGAUCCUGAGUCUGGAGGAGCGAUGUCAGGACCUGGAGGACCGAGUCCAGCUGCAGGCCCGGAUCGAAGCGUUACAGAGUGAAACAGAGAAGCUGCAGAGUCAGCUGGCCAGCGUCAGGAGUCAGCAGAGCAGAGAUGCUGAGAAGCAUCAGCUGCAGGUCAGCAGCCUGAACGAGCAGCUCAGAGGGCUGAGCGACACACAGGAGGUCCUGCAGAGCUCCCUGCUGGAGAAGGAGAACCUGCUGAGCAGGACCUCAGAGAAGCUGGAGCUGAUCAGCAGCCUGAGAGAAGCUCUGAGUGAGAAGGAGCUUCACAACAAAGAGUUGUGUGACAAGCUGCUGCACACCGAGCACAGUCUUGAGAGCAGCACCAAGAGGUGCUGCAGCUUUGAAAAGCAGAGCUCUGAACUGAAAACAGAAGCUGCUGAACUGAAGCAGAGACUCAGCCUUCUGAAGGACAAGACACAGAAGCAGGAGGACUCCAUAGUCAGGCUACAAUCAGAGCUGGAUCAGACCAACGAGGAGCUGGACCGACUCAACAGCUCUCACUUAGAGGAGCGGGCCCAGCUCAUCCAUGACCUUCAGAGCCGUGAGCGUGAGCUGGAUGUUCUGAAGGAGACCCUGCUGGAGAAAGACAAGGAGAUCCUGAGUCUGACUGGGAACAUGUCUGAGUACACAGAGCAGCUCUCGCUCCUCACGCAGGAGCUCAGACUGAAGGAGGAGGCUCUGAUCCAGCUGGAAGAAGCUCUGAGGAGGKCUGAGCAGAACACCCUGGUCUGCAGAGACUCUCAGGACUCAGAGCUGGCUGAGAAGCUGCUCCACACCGAGCUGGAGCUGCAGCAGGCUCAAACACAGAGCCAGGCUAAAGCAGCCGAGCUGGAGCAGCUGAUGAAACAAGCUGAAGAGCUCCAGAAGGAGAGCUCAGAUCAUCGUAAACAUCUGUCUGAAUGUGGACCCCACAUCUCCUCUCUGAAGGAACAGCUGGCUGCUGCUGCUCACAAGCUUCAGGAGUCAGAGGGUCUGCUGCUCAACCAGAAACUACAUUAUGAGAAGGAGCUGAAAGCCUUCAAGGAGGAGCAGAACAAGCUGCAGAAAUACAACGAGGACAUGAAGGAGGAGCUGGAUGCUGCAGCAUCACUCAAACACCAGCUGCAGGCAGCAGAGCAGAAGUUCAACCAGGAGCUGGAAGCUGGAGACUCAGAGAAGCAGCAGCUGCUCAGAGAGAUUCAGAGCAGGUCAGAGAGCAUCUCCACCCUGCAGCAGCUCCUGAAGAGCUCAGAGUCUGAGGAGCAGCGUCUGCAAACAAGACUGCAAGAACUGAAGGAGGAGCUGGAGCUGCAGAGACGUCAGGAGGAGCAGCUCAGUGACAAGCUGACAUCUGCUCUGCAGCUGAACAUCCAGCUGCAGGAGCAGCUCCACGUCCUCACACAGCAGAGAGACAAAGAUCAGCUGGAGCUCACAGAAAGGCUCCGAAACAUCUCAGAGCUGUCAGCUCAGGUCCAAGAUCUACACACAAAAAUAUCUGUUCUGGAGUCACAGCUGUCUGAGAAGAACCAAAGCAUCGAAGACCUGCAGAAAGAGAGAGAAGAUCUGAAGGAAAUCAUUGAGCAGAGCGUGAUCUCCAGCUCUGAGAGCCUGCUGCAGAGAACCAAUGAAUGUUCUGAUCUCCAGCAGCUCCUCAGGGACAGAGAGGAGGAGCUGAGCAGCUUGAAGUGUCAGGUGGAGCAGCUGCAGCUGGACGGGGCAGAAAAACAGCGGACCUCUGAAGACCUCCAGGCUAGAGUAGAAGCCCACGUCCAUCAGCAAACGCAGCUUACAGAGCAGCUGUCUGUGCUGCAGGAGACAGAAGCCAGGCUGCAGUCUGAGCUGCUGGACCAACAGCUCAUGUUGAAGCAAAGAGAAGAAGAAGUCACAGCUGAGCUUCAGAGCAGAGCUGAAGAAGUGUCAGAGCUCAGGCAGCAGCUCACAGAGACAGCAGCAACGUGUGGACUGUACAAAGAUGAGCUGAACGACAGGAACCAGGCCCUGAAGAGUCUGAACCAUCAGCUCACAGCUCUGACAGAGAGCUGCAGGAGCUCUGAGGUCCAGGUCCAGGACACAAACACUCAGCUGGAUCAGUUAAAGUCCAACCUGCAGGUUCUGACAGAGGAGAACCAACAGCUGCACCUCAGCUGUGAGGCUAAACACAAAGAGCUGUGUCACAGAGAACAAACUGUGUCCCAGCUUACUGAGCAGCUCAGAGCAUCUGUGGAGCAGAACUCCUCCCUGAGCAGAGACAUCAGUGCUCUGAGCUCACAGAACCACAGAUUACAGGAAGAACUGUGUGACCUGACAGCUGAGAGACACUCACUGCAACAACAAGCCUCAGACGGUCAGAGGAGUCUGGAGGAGCUGCAGAAGGUUCUGCAGGAGCGAGAAGAGUCCAGCUCUGCAGCUCUGCUUCAGAAGACCGAGGAGUGUGCUGAUGUGUGGAGAAGCCUGAGGCAGAGGGAGCAGCAGCUGCAGGAUCAGCAGGACACCGUGUCCACGCUGCAGGAGCAGGGCUCUGUUCUGAAGGCCGCUCUGAUGGACAAGGACUCCAUGCUCCAGCAGAGAGCAGAGSAGUGUGGUGUCCAUGUGCAGCAGCUCCUGCUGCAGGAAGAACUCGUCACAAAGCUGCAAGCUGAGGCCCAGCUGCUGAGAACCACUGUAGAACAAACACAACAGUCACAUGCAGAGCUUCAGAGUCGCUCCUCSUCCACGGUGGAAACCCUCACGUCUCAUCUGCAGGACACAAAGGCAGAGUGUGAAAGCCUGAAAGAAAAGCUUUCACACCUGGAGGAGUCCGUGUCGAAGCUCAGCAGCUCCCUCCAGGAGCAGCUCUGUGAGRUGGACAGGCUCAGGAAGGCCCUGCAGGACAAAGAGGCGGAGCUUCUGCAGCAGUCCAAGUCUUUGCAGAGCCGAGCAGACGAGGCGUCGCUGCUUAAAGCUCAGCUCGUGGACAGCACCCAGCUGGUUGGUCAGCUGCAGAGUCAGCUGCAGAGCCUCAGCAGGUCAGCAGACGACACACAGAGUGCCUUCAGCAACCUGCAGGACAGGUACGCUGCUCACCUGGAGGAGCUCCAGGCUGUGCGACAGCAGCUGUGUGUGCAGACUGAGGAGCUGUCCUCCCUGCAGUCACAGUUAUCACAGCAGCAGGAGGCACAAAGCCUGACUGAAACCCUGAGACUGCAGCUGUCUGCAGUCAGGGAGCAGCUGCAGGACAACAAGGUCWCACAGUCCCGUCUGUCACAGGAGAAGGACCAGGCUUUAGCUUCUCAUCAAGCCAGUGUGGCUCAGCUGACCGUGGAGAUAGACAGGCUCAAAUCCCAGCAUGCUCAGGUGCUGACACACAUGAAGGCUCUGACAGAGAACCUGGAGCAGAGAGAGAUGGCUCUCCAUGCCAUCAACAAUCAGUACUCCUGUCAGGCCCAGCAGACCUCCCAGCUGCUGUCAGAGCUGCACACCCUGCAGGAGCACAACACCAGUCUGAGYCAGCAGCUGCGCCUGUCUGAGGAGCACAACACACGCCUACAGGGAGAGGUACGAAGGCUGACGGCRGAGAAGGAGGAGCAGAUGGAGAGAAGCCAGAGGGACAAGCAGAGCCUCCAAUCCAAGGUUAGUGCCAAAGAUGCAGAAGUGUGUGAGUUAAAGCAGAGCAUUGAGAAGGUAGAGCAGGUCCUGCAGGACUCUGAGARGGAGUGGCUCCUGGUUUUAGACAGGGAGAAGCAGCAGAGGAGUGUCCUCACACAGCAGCUGAGCAGGGUUGAAGCUCAGAUGAAGUCUGAARAUGGUAAAGUUCAUGCUCUGAAACAAGACUUGGACAGUCUGCAGGAGAAACUGGUCCAGGCUCGUGCUGCAGUCACACAGAGCUCUGAACAGCUCAGAGCUACAGAGUCUGAGGCGUCAGCCUCCAGAGUCCAGCUGCACAGGCUCUUAGACUCUGUUCAGGACAAAGACAGCCAGAACCAGAGCCUGCAGCARCUUCUAGCUUCUGUAGAAGAGCAGCUCCUGAAGCUGCUGAGGAACCAUGGAGCAGAGAGAGCUGCAGACAGUCUGACUGUGCUGGAGCUGAUCACACAGCUAGAAGAAAGCCACCAGGCUGAGCUGAACUCUUUGAAGGAAACUGUGCUGCAGCUGCAGGAAGACCAGGCUCAGGCUGCUCUCCUCCAGGAAGCUGUGGACAGUUUACAGAGUCAGCUUCAAGCUGAAGGAGAGGCUUCAGUGAAGAACCUGUGUCUGCAGGCUGAGCUGAGAGCCAAAGAAGAAGAGCUGAGCUGUCAGAAAGGUCAGCAGGAGGAGCUGCUGUCUGCACUCAGUCAGCAGCUGAAAGACAAAGACUCCUCYGUGGCUCAGCUCCUGGAGGACAGGAACAGUCUGUCUGUGCAGGUAGAGGACCUGGAGCAGAGCUCAGCCAGGACGCUGCAGGAACUCUCACAGGCUCAACAGGAAGUGCAGCGUUUGCAGGGCCAGCUCGCCGUUCUGUCCAAAGACAAAGACACRCUGAGGAAGAAGCUCCAAGCUGCUCUGCUCGUCAGAAAAGACUUGUUGAAACGGAUCGAGGACUACGAGAGGCAGGAAGAAGAAAACAACACUUCUGUUCUGGAGGAGCAGCUGAAGGAAGUGAGGAAACAGGCUGAAGCUGCUGCUCACRCUCACACAGAAGCUGUUUGUGUGCUGGAGCAGAAGGUUCUUCAGAGUGAAGCAGAGAGGAAACAUGAGGAGGAACAUCUGCAGGAACAGAUCCUCCUCCUGCAGAGAUCGCUGCAGGAGAAAGAAGCACAUCUGUGUGAAGCCUUACAGACGCUGGAGGAGAAGAAGCUGCAGCUGCAGCAGCUGCAGUCCACAGCUGUCAGCGCUGAGCAGGACAACAAGAGGCUCCUGCACCAGUUAGACCAGCUUCAUGAUGAGCUGAAGGACAAAUCCAGCUCUGUGGACCUACAGAACCAGCUGACUCACAUCAAGGCAGAAAAAGCKACGCUGCAGAAAAAAGUCCAGGCUGCCCUGCUGGCCCGCAAAGACACGCUGAAGAGAGCUGAAGAGGGUGAGAAGAAACUGACUGCAGAGCUGUCCGAGCUCAGAGACCAGCACCAGGCUCUGCAGGACCAGAACCAGGCUCUGCAGGACCAGAACCAGGCUCUGCAGGACCAGCACCAGGCUCUGCAGGACCAGAACCAGGCUCUGCAGGACCAGCACCAGGCUCUGCAGGACCAGCACCAGGCUCUGCAGGACCAGCACCAGCAGCAGAGGAACCAGCUGGACUCUGUCCACUCCCAGCUCAGAGACAAGCUGGAGGAGCUGAGCUCUGUGAGCCGACUCGUCCAGGACCAGGACAGAAGUCUGCAGGACGUGAAGACRUGUCUGCAGUCAGAGCUGCAGAGCGUCCAGUCCAGAUGUGAGAGGGUUUCACUUGAACUGGCUGAUAAAGAGCAGGCUCUGACAGAGGCUGCAGAGAGAGAAGCUUCUCUGGAAGCUGCUCUGCAGAGGUCCCACAGCGAGCUGCAGACCCAGCUGAACCUCUGUCUGCAGGAACAACGUGUCCUGGAGGAGAGGGAUGCUCUGUUGGACCAGUGCAACCAGCUGAAACUCCAGGCUUCAGCUUCACACUCAGAUUAUUUAGAGCUGCAGAAGACGCUAACUGAAGCACAGCAGCAGCUCAGCAGCAGCAAACAGAUGUUAGCUCAGCAUCUGGAGGAGACUCAGCUCAAAGCUUCUGCCCAACAGAACCAGUUUGACCUGUUACAGCAUGAAAAGGACAGGUCGAUCAGUGAGCUCCAAGAGGAGGUCAGCCUCCUGAAAGAGCAGCUAACAGCAGCUGAAACACUCAGUAAUGUGCAGGAGGACUGGGCUGAAGCCUCUGACAUGAAGCUGAAGCACAGAGAGCAGCUGCAGCUGCAAGCUCCAACACAUCAUGAUGCUCUUCACAACAUGAAGACAGAAGCUGAAGUCAAACAGAAGUCUGAUCAGGAGAACCACAAACAAGUUCUAACCAGGAAGCUCCAAGCUGCUUUACUGUCCAGGAAGGAGCUCCUGAAGGAGAACUCCUGUCUGAAGGCAGAGCUCACACAGCUGUCCUCUCAACAACAAGCUAAAGAAGCUGAGWGUUCAGCUCUGAGAACAUCUGUGCUGCAGCUGGAACAAGACAAGCUGCAGCUGCAGAGCUCCGUGUCGUCUGCUGUGAACCACGCAGAGAAGUUAAACUGUGAGUGUGAGCGCCUCCUGAAGGAGAACCUCAGCCUGUCUGCAGCCUGCGACAGCCUCCAGCUCACCAUCCACAGCAUCACGCAGCAGAAACAGGCCUUCUCCUGCCAGCUGGACUCUCUGAAGGACUCGCAGGCCGAGGAGCUGUCCAGAUGGAAGAGCAGGCACGCUGAGCUGCAGCAGGACUAUGAGAACGUCAGCUCUGACAGGGACAGGAUGAGGCAGCUUGUAGAAGCAGCUGAGAAGGAGCGUCAGGACUCCCUGAGGACAACACAUGAGCUGCAGCUGAGAACACAGGACCAUACCAUCACAGAGCUCAAGGAGGUCAUCACCAAACACCUGCAGGAGAACCAGGAUCUGAAGGAGGUCAUCACCAAACACCUGCAGGAGAACCAGGAUCUGAAGGAGGUCAUCACCAAACACCUGCAGGAGAACCAGGAUCUGAAGGAGCAGCUGAGGAUCCUGGAGGAGGACAGGUCUCUGCUGCAGGAGGAGCUGCAGAACGCUCAGGAGCUGUCAGACAGAGUCAGAGGUGAGAAGGAACAUCUGGAAACAGUGAUCCUGAAGAACUGUGAGCAGAUGGAGGAGCUGACCCAGUCUGUGGACUUCCUGCAGACUCAGGAGACACAGCUGGUAGCUCAGCUGGCAGCCAGCGAGGAGGUGAGGAUCAGGAUGAGCRGAGACCAGGAGCAGCUAGUGCAGGAGCUGCAGGAGGAACUCAGGAGGGUUCAGAGAGGAAACCAGAGCUCCAGCAACGAGAAGAAGGAGCUGCAGGAGYUGCUGAAAGAGAAACAGCAGGAGGUGAAGCAGCUGCAGCACAGCUGCAUCAGGUACCAGGAGGUCAUCCUGGACCUGGAGAGCUCUCUGAAGACCUCCCAGGAUCUGCAGCAAGSCUUGGAGAAGGAGGAGACACGAGCCCAGGCUGAGGUGCUGAUGCUCAGGAGGCUCCUCCAGGAGCUGCAGGACCAGGUCCAGAGCCUGGAGUCUGAACGAGACCAGCUGGUCCUCACAGUGUCCCAGCACAGGACAGAGUCUUCUCCAGCUCAGAUGGAUGAGCUGAAGGUCCUGAAGGACCAACAGCAGCUGGUGUCUGAGGGUCAGGCAGGCCUGACGGGGGUCUCCACACACAGGGAGGAGGCUCCAGAUCCAGGCUUCAAGCAGGAAGUAAAGGAGAUGUUCCAUCAGAUGGACGACCUGAACUCUGAGAACGCCCUGCUCAGAGCCCAGCUGCUGCGCUACAGAGACGACCUGAACCAGGUGCUGUCCCUUAAAGACCACCAGCUGAAGGUGCUGCUCAGCCAGCAGCAGGACCGGAUCCAAGACCUGGAGAGCCACAAGGCUGCAGCAGAACAACGCCUCCGACAGGAGGAGGACAGGAAGCUGUCACAGGCUGAGGACACACACAGCACAGACCAGAGGCUGCUGCAGCUCACUAAAGACUUAGAAGAGUCCAGAUCCCAGAACAAAGACCUGAAGACUCAGAGUGAGUCUCUGUGCAGGGCCAUGGCUGCUCUACAGAACGACAGAGACCAGCUCAUCCAGGACUUUAAGACCCUGCAGACCAGAUAYGAGCAGGAGCUGCAGCAGAGCCGGGCCGCUCUGCAGGAGGCGCAGCGCAGCCUGCAGGACUCGUCCUCAGACCUGAGUGUCCUCUCUAAGGACAGGGACAUACUGGCUCAGAGACUCACAGCUGUCCAGAGCAAAGACCCCCCAGCAGAGCUGAGCAGGCUGCUGGACCAGCUGUCCCAGGAGCUGACCCACAAGGAGCGUGAGCUGACCCAGGUGCUUCUGGAGAACUCCUCCUACAGCCGCCAGCUGUCUGCCUUCUCCAGGUCCAUGGCCAGUCUGCAGGACGACCGGGACCACCUCCUGGACCGGCUGGCUGAGUCAAGACAGGGCUCCAGUCCAAAGACCACUCUGACCUCCAACAUGAAGGUCAGAGGAUCCGUCCAGGACCUCAGAGGUCAGACAGAUGGAGCGCAGGAAGUGAGUGAUCCUGCAGCUCAGAGCUCACAGGAGGAGAAGAUCCAGCUCCACACACAUCUACAGAUCCAGCAGCUCAGCUCCAAGCUGCAGCAGGUGGUCCAGGAGAAAGCUGCUGUCGCUGCUCAGCUCAGAGCUGUGUCCCAAACCCUGCAGGACUCCCAGGACCGCUGCCACUGGCUGGAGACUCAGGUCCAGGGCCAGGUACAGGGUCCAGUUCAUGCUGAAGUGGCUCCAGGGGCUCCACAGGAGAGGAGCAACCAGUCCCUGAUGACUGAAGCUGCUGAAGCGGGUCAGCUCAGAGACAGGSUUCUGGAGCUGGAGCUGGUUCUGGCAGAUGAAAGAGCGAGGAGAGAAACAGCAGAGGAGGCUCUGCGUCUGGCUGAGGACAGGACAAAGACCCUCACUUCCUGUGUGUCCAGAGAGCCUCAGAGGGACUUCAGCAUUGACAUGGAGACAGAGGAGGAGUGGGAGGCCCUCAGUCUCAACCCCAGUCAGCCUCUAAUAACCAGAAAGGUGAAAGGCGGCAUGGCGGCGUGUCGUCGGUGGGUCAGGGGGCGGAGCCUGUACUUCUCCAGACUGCUGACGAGCCGCGCCCGCUCUCGAUACUUCUUCCUGGCGUACCUGCUGACGUUACAUGUGGUUGUAGUCCUGUGCCUCACAGGUUCUGUGUAGAGGKUGGAAGGUUCUGUUUGUGGUGGGAGGUAGGACCAGUUAGGGUUCUGUUAGCUCGACCUGCUCCAUGUUCUCCUGUCUGUCAGCUAACUGCUGCAAGGUGAGUCAGUGAGUUUCAAUCAUUUGAAGUUGAUCAUAUCAAACAAGCCUUAAAAUGUCUUUAUUUAUUUUCUAAUCUUUGAACAUGGAGACGUUGAUCCUGUGAUUUAAAUGUUUUAGCUUUAUUUUAAAAAGUCCACCUGAUUGUGUAAAAGCCAUGAACACUCCUGGUUCCACCUGUGUUGGUGUUCUGAGCAGAACUCACCUGUCUGAAGCCACAGGUUGCACAUCAAACACUAAACUAUGCACUGCUGGAGCUCUGAACACUACACCUGUCACUCUGCUCCCUUCAAGGUGUCUGUAGACCAACCUUACAGCUACGUUAGAAGAAUAAAGACCUCCAUCAUUAACCUGAACAAACUGUAUCUAAGAGUAUUUAUGUGCUUUAGGAGAGUUGGCUGUAAAUGGUUUGUAUAUAAAAGGAUUUCUACUCUCUCUGGUUAGAUGACUGUACAUUUCUUCUGAUUGUUUAAAACUACAGAGUGUAAAAGGAAAUAUUGUGGCUUUAUAAAGCUGAUCAUUCAUCGAGCUGCUUUUUUACUUGACCCAGAAUAAUGAGUGUGAAUCUGAUGCUUCCUGGCUGAUUAACAGCUCUGUUUAGAGGUAAAGCUGUAUUUCUUUGCAGGAGGAACUGUUUCAAACGGUACUUGAAGAGUGGGGAAGCUGAAACUAUUUAUGGAAAAGAUGAAAUUACUGAAAAAUGUUCAAACAUAUUUUCUCUACUGCUUUAUUUUUAAAGMCACAGUGAGCCUGAUGGUGUCCAGGUUUACCUUGGUGCAGUACCUGUGGUCCUUUCAGGUCUCUAACGUCUCAGAGAAAUAAAUUAUGUUCAAAUCUGC